AAAAUGUCUGAAAGACAGACAGUUAUUGCCAAAACUAUCUCAUUUGAUCGAGUUCAAGACAGCUCAGACCUAACCGAUGCCUCAUUAUCAACGAGCCAGGCUCUCCAAAAUCUCAAAGAGAAUGCUACUUUUGAGAAGAUUAAGGUCGAAGAAAACAAGAUUCAGAGCACAAUCAGGGAGCACCAGAGAUCUAUUUCCAGAAAUACACCUGGGAAGAGAACUAAAGCCAAGAAACGGCAAAAUUCUAGUAGUAGAAUUCAUUGCUUAGAGGAAGAGAAUAAAUAAACUUCAGCUAAGAAUUUUGAAAUUAAAAGAUGAAUUGAAUAGUUUGAAGCUACUGAUUCCGAACAAAACCAAAGUUUCUGAAAGACCUCCCUUGCAUCAUACAAAUCAAGCUCAUAACAAUAGUGUAGAUGCUAAAGAGCAGCCUAAUAAUGAGCUAAGGCUGUGCCAAUCUGCUGAUAGAGACAAUCAUUGAAUUAGAAGUAAUCGUGCUAAAAGUUCUAAGCGGAGGAAAUCCAUGAAGUCAUCUCAAAGGAAAAUUAAAAAUGCUCUGAAUGAAGUUCACGAAUGGAAGCAACGUUGCAAAAUUCUUGGAGAGCAAUACCUCCAAGAAAUACAAAAGGUCAGGCUGAACAUUGAGAUGUUUAAGAAUGAGGUCUUGGAGGUACAUAAAGACAUGCAAAUGAAGAGUAUAGACCAGAUACUCCUUGCUCAUAAAAAGUUUCAAAAGCAUCUCAGAAAGAAGGAUAAGAGGAUUAAAAACCUUAAGCUUAGUAAUAAGAAGUUGGUAGAGAAGUUAGGGCAUAUUCGAAGAACAUUUGAUGAUGAUCUCUCUAUUUCUAGUCAGGAUAAAACUCAAGUACCUCAAACCCAGAGGAAUUUUCAGCCUGGAUAUUACAAAUCUCAUGUCAAGGAAUGAGUACCUGCUAAGGCUCAAUUUAGCGGCGGAGAGAUUCAGCAUCCGGGUGGUUUUAUGAGUACUGUUCCUCCAGAGAUAAUGGACACACAUAAUUCUCAGAUAUACAUGAUCAGGCAGCAAAAACCCAGAAAGGCAAUUUAAAGAAAUAGAGCAGUGAUAAUGAAUUUUCAAAGUA